ACCCGAUUCACAGUCGCCUCCUGUUUAGAGUUGUACUCUAUACUCCUUUUAACCGCUUUCUCCCACGUCGGCGUCACUUCCCGCCAAUUCUCCAUUACAUUCGCCCUUUGAAUUCAAUUUCUUCAAAGAAAAAAACUGUUGUGUUGAUCACAGCCGAAAAUUCCAAUCGAUGGAUGCCAUCAUGUCAUCAGCUCUCGAAGAAAUCUGUUCAAAAGGUCGUGAUGGCGUUGCAUUAUCUUCUCUCUGUUCGAAGCUCGGUUUGAGCGUCGAAAUUAGACGAGCCUUAUGGGCUAACCUACUCGAAAUUCCGGCGGUUCAGUUCCGAAAGCGUGAUCGUGUUUACGAUCACAAUGAUCCUUUGGUUCGACGCUUUGAGGAUACGGAAAAGCUGGAUUUAAUUAUUGUUGCUAAGAACAAAUUAUGUGAUAAUUUUUUAGGUGUUUAUGAUUUUUCUUUUUGGAGAUGGAGAAAAAGAGGUUAAUCAACAAAGAUUCGUUCUUCAACGCAUUGCCUCUGCAAGAGCAAAUGGAAUAACUCAAAAUCAGCUUAGCAAGGAAUUUGGAAUCGAAGAAAAUACAUUUUUCUAUGUGGUAAGGAAGCUUGAGAAAAGAGGCUUAAUCGUAAGACAAGAAGCAGUUGAGAAAACAAGAGGAAGCAGCAAACAAAAGUUAGCCACAAGGUUAAUUCAUUUAUACCGUUAUGCAAAGCAUUUGGGAUCUCAAGAGAAAUUCGAGGUUACCAAAGAUGAAGGAAGUAUCGGCAAAGAGGAUUCGGAGGAUGUGCUUAUAAAUGAUUAUUUACCAUCAAUUAAAACUAUCUGUGAUAAACUUGAAGAAACUCAUGGCAAGGUUCUUGUCAUUUCAGGUAUUAAACGUGACCUUGACUAUUUUGGGUCACAGAACGCGAGACAUGAAUGGAAGAAAGUACAUUUGUUGUUGUUUUUGUUGUUGAUGUUGUGUGUGUUUCUUAAUGGUUUCCAUCUAUUUCUUCAUCUGCAAAUUUUUCUUAUAGAUAUAUUGCAGAUUGAUAAAUGCUGGUUUAGUAGAGGAGACUACUGUAAAAGUGAAUGGGAAGAUUGUUUUAUUUCGAGAGAUGAGCCUUGCCUACAUUUGCUAAAAAAGUUUUGCCCUUUGGAUUAUGAGCGAAAUACAACCAGAUGUGUUGAAGGCAAAGAGUUCAAAUUUGGAAGAUGUCAAAUGGCUAACCAGCUUGUGGAGCUUCCCAUUGAUCAUCAGAUUUACGAUACAAUUGAUGCUACAGGAUCCAAAGGGAUGCUUAUUACAGAGGUAGGCAAGAGGUUUGGAAUUAUAAGAAGACGAAUCGCAGAAACUGUUUUUCAGUGA